CACAGCAGCAAGGUCUGCAGGAGUGAGGAGGAGGCGGGGGAGCAGUCUAGCCAGAGGAAGAAGCUGACAGCCAGAGCGAAGGGAGGCUCAAGGCCUGGCAGUCCUCUGCUCCAGAGCGACACCUCGCAGCCCUGCUCUGCUCUGGCUCCUGAAGGACAGCAGGCAAGAUGGCCCAAAACAUGGUGACCGUGAAUGGAGUCAGCGUGGCCUCCACCUCGUCCCAGCCCACUCACAUCAACAUCCACAUCUACGAGGAGUCCGCGUUGACACAGCUGCUGAAGGCAGCAGGGUCGCUGAAGCAGUUUCUUUCUCGACCUAGGGACACCAGGCCUUCCAAAGCCAGGCCAAGCAAUGAACAGCUGGCUCUAGGGGUGACACAGAUCAUGCUGGGGGUUGUGAGCUGUGCCCUGGGAGUGAGCCUCUCCUUUGGGCCCACAAGUGAGCUGCGUGGCUUGGGCUGUGCCUUCUGGGCCGGGGCUGUGGCAAUUGCAGCAGGAGCAGGGGCCAUUGCCCAUCAGAAGCACCGGGGGCAACUUGCAGGCUGUGUGUCGGGUCUGCUCACGCUGGCUGGCGUCGCUGCCGCUGUGGCUGCUGUUGUUUUUUCUGUGAGGAGCAUAAUCUGGCAAACCGACGAGUUAAACUACUCAAAGUUCAACUCCGUGUGUGACAGCUUGGUCCCUGUCCCCACAACCACUAAGUACAGACAGAGAAAUAGCUACUCAGACUGGAGGACAGAGAACUGCAGGAACUUUAUGGAAAUGACCCUGAAUCUCUUCUUGGCAUUCUGUGUCCUGCUCAUAGUGGUCUGUGUCCUGCACGUCACCCUAUCUUUGGCUUCCGUGGGAUUGCAUGUUCGAAGCAUGCGUGGCCAGAGCUCCCAGUUCCUGGAUGAGGAAGAAUCAGAGCAGAAGCUUCUGGGGGUGAAUCCACAGUCCCUUCCCACGUCCAAGGAGGAGACCUUGACUGUCAUCAACCUGUGAGCACCUGCACCUGGAGACCCUGCCACGGUUCCUGAGCGUUCCAGUCAGAGCAGCCCAGGGCCCAUGACGAUGAUGGAAACUGUCCCCAGGAGUCCUCCUGGCCCUGCACCUCAUGCUCGUCAUUGCCAUAGCCAAUGACAGUCCUCCUCCUCCUCUCCCUGUGUCCUCACUCACCAUCCCUCUCUAGUGCCCUCUGUUCCAAGAAGAGACAUUGUCACAUUUUCCAUAAUGCCAAUUAAACAGAAAAAA